AUGUCUGCCAUGAAGAUAACAAGCGCCUUUGUGCUCCUCACCCUGGCAGUUCUUUGCUUAGCAAAUGCUGCCAAGGAGAAUGAGGUAGACUGCAGUGAAUACAAGAGGCUAGAGAGAGGAAGACCUAUUUACUGCGAAAGACUCUAUCAACCUUUCUGCGGCUCUGAUGGGAAAACGUACAACAACAAAUGUUCUUUCUGCAAAGCAGUCCUGAGAAGUAGAGGCACCUUACACAUGAAGCAAGCAGGGGCAUGCUGA